AAGUAGCCAGUAUCAACCAAAAAAAUGGAAGUCAUUAGCAAUUUUAGGUUUCUGAUACUCUUAGCAGCCUUUGUAGGAGCUCUUCUUCCCUCAAAGGCCCAAGACAGCCCACAAGAAUAUGUAAGGGUUCACAGCGAGGCGCGGGCAGGGGUAGGCGUAGGCCCCAUGCAGUGGAACGAGACCCUUGCAGCCGUUGCUCAGAAUUACGCAGACCUACGAAGAAGCGACUGCAAUCUCAUACAUUCCACUGGAUCUUACGGGGAGAACUUGGCCAAGAGUAGUGGCGACUUAUCUGGCGUCAGAGCCGUGAACCUGUGGGUUGAGGAGAAGGCUAACUACGACUACCCUUCGAACACGUGCAACGGAGAGUGCGGUCACUGCACUCAGAUUGUUUGGAGAAGCUCAGUGAAACUCGGAUGUGGCAAAGCGAAGUGUAACAAUGGUGGAACUUUCGUCGUUUGCAACUAUGAUCCUCCUGGGAAUUAUGUGAACCAGAAGCCCUACUAAUGAAUGAUUAUCUACAAAAACACGUGUA